AUGGCGGCGGCUGUGGCGGCCGCGGCGGCGGGGAGCAGCAGUGUCGAGUUCAUCCGCGCGCGCAGCGACAAGCGGGAGUACCGCCGCGUGGUGCUCGCCAACGCGCUCGAGAUCCUACUAAUCAGCGACCCAGACACGGACAAGGCGGCGGCGUGCAUGGAGGUCGAGGUGGGCUCGUUCAGCGACCCGGAGGGACUUGAGGGCCUCGCGCACUUCCUUGAGCACAUGCUAUUUUAUGCCAGCGAGAAGUAUCCUGGAGAACAUGAGUACACGAAAUAUAUCACAGAGCAUGGUGGCUCUUACAAUGCAUAUACAAGCUCAGAGACAACGAAUUUCUUUUUCGAUGUCAAUGUGGACAAUUUUGAAGAAGCCUUAGAUAGAUUUGCUCAGUUCUUCAUUAAGCCACUGAUGUCACAGGAUGCUGUUCUUAGAGAGAUCAAAGCUGUUGAUUCUGAACACAAGAAAAAUUUGUUGUCUGAUGGCCGGAGAAUAUAUCAGCUUCAAAAGCAUCUGGCUUCAAAGGAUCACCCUUACCACAAAUUCAGUACAGGAAGUUGGGAAACACUAGAAACUAAACCAAAAGUGAGGGGCCUGGAUAUCAGACUUGAACUUCUGAAGUUUUACGAGAAUUAUUCAGCAAACCUUAUGCACCUUGUUGUUUAUGGAAAGGAGAGCCUCGAUUGCAUUCAGGGCUUGGUUGAGCGUAUGUUUAGUGACAUAAAAAACACUGAUCAGAGAAGUUUCAAAUGUCCAAGUCAUCCUCUUUCAGAGGAACAUUUGCAGCUUCUUGUCAAAGCACUACCAAUAGAAGAAGGGGACUAUCUAAGAAUUAUAUGGCCAAUUACACCUAGCAUCCAGUUUUACAAAGAAGGUCCUUGCCGUUAUCUGAGUCACCUCAUUGGGCAUGAAGGCGAGGGGUCCAUCUUCCAUAUUAUAAAGGAACUAGGAUGGGCCAUGAACUUAAUGGCUGGAGAGAGCACUGACAGUAAUGAAUAUUCCUUUUUCUCAGUAAGCAUGAGGCUCACUGAUGCUGGUCAUGAACACAUGGAGGAUAUUGUUGGGUUGAUCUUCAAAUAUCUUCAUCUAUUAAAAGAAGACGGAGUCCAUGAGUGGAUAUUUAAUGAGCUUGUGGCGAUAAAUGAAAUGGAGUUCCAUUAUCAAGACAAAGUCCAUCCAAUCAACUAUGUGAAGCAUACUGUCUCAACUAUGCGGUUGUUCCCACCAGAAGAAUGGCUGGUUGGAGCAGCAUUACCAUCAAAGUAUGCACCACAAAGAAUAAAUGUGAUACUCGAUCAACUAUCACCUGAAACAGUAAGAAUAUUCUGGGAGUCCAAAAAAUUUGAAGGAUCUACGAGUUCUGCUGAGCCCUGGUAUAACACACCAUAUUCAGUUGAAAAUGUCACUCCUUCUGUGAUACAGCAAUGGAUUAAAAAAGCUCCUACUGAGAAACUCCAUCUCCCAAAACCUAAUAUCUUCAUACCAAAGGAUUUAUCUCUUAAAGAAGUGCAUGAAAAGGUUACUUUUCCAACAGUGUUAAGGAAGGGCCCACUUUCACAGUUGUGGUAUAAGCCUGAUAUGCUGUUCUCCACACCAAAGGUUCACAUUAUCAUUGAUUUCCACUGUCCAUUAUCCAGCCACUCCCCUGAAGCAGUUGUUGCUACUGAGCUCUUUGUUGAUUUGCUAGUAGAUUAUUUGAAUGCUUAUGCUUAUGAUGCUCAAAUUGCUGGUUUAUUCUAUUCAAUAUAUCUUACUUCAGCUGGAUUCCAGGUUUCUUUAGGUGGUUACAAUGACAAGAUGAGAGUUCUCUUAAAUGCCAUACUAGUGCAAAUUGCGAAUUUUGAAGUUAAGCCAAACAGAUUUUCUGCCCUGAAGGAAACUUCUGUCAAGGACUACCAGAAUUUCAAUUUCCGACACCCUUAUUCUCAAGCUUCAUACUAUGUCUCUUUGAUAUUGGAAGAUAAAAAAUGGCCUGUAGCUGAGAAACUUGAAGCUCUUUCUAAGCUUGAAUCGGAUUCUUUUGCAAAGUUUGUACCACACCUACUGUCGAAAACAUUUUUGGAAUGUUAUGUUCAAGGGAACAUUGAACCAAGUGAAGCAAAAUCUGUCGUAGAAGAGAUCGAAAACACUAUAUUUAAUGCCCCCAAUUCUUUGUUCAAAUCCAUGUCUCCAUCAGAAUAUCUGACUAAAAGGGUCAUCAUGCUUGAAAAUGAGUUGAAAUGCUACUACCAAACUGAGGGAUUAAACCAGAAGAAUGAGAAUUCAUCAGUUAUCCAAUAUAUUCAGGUGCAUCAGGAUGACGCCAUUUUGAAUAUCAAACUUGAGCUGUUCUCUCUAAUAGCAAGACAGCCAGCCUUCAACCAGCUACGAACUGUUGAACAACUUGGGUAUAUAACAAGUCUUUCUCUGAGAUUCGACUAUGGAGUCCUGGCACUCCAGGUUGUUAUCCAGUCCACAGUAAAGGAUCCUUCAUACCUUGAUGUUAGAGUUGAUGAAUUCUUUAAGAUGUUUGAAAGCAAAAUCUAUGAACUCUCCGACAAGGAUUUCAAGAGAAAUGUGAAAUCACUAAUUGAUUCUAAACUGGAGAAGUUUAAAAACUUAUGGGAGGAAUCUCGUUUCUACUGGCGAGAGAUUGGGGCUGGAACUCUGAAGUUUGAUAGAGUCGAGUCUGAGGUCGCUAUGCUAAGAGAGCUCGAGAAAGAAGAAUUCAUUGAGUACUUCGACCACUACAUAAAAGUGGACGCACCUCAAAGGAGGACACUAAGCGUGCAAGUCUUCGGCGGCAACCAUUCGGCAGAAUUCAACAAGACAAUCGCCGAAGCCGAUCCGCCCAAAAUGUACAGAAUUACAGACAUAUUCGGCUUCAAACGAUCGAGGCCGCUGUACAGCUCACUCAAGGGAGGUCCGGGCAGGAUCACCAUGGACUGA